GGGAGCCUCCCUGCCGCCGGGCGGAUGCGCCAGUGACCUCGCAGCCCAGGCGAGCCAUCUCCCCCUCCGGGCCCGGCGAGCCAUGCCGCCUCUCGCGCGGGGCUCCUUCUGGCUCUGCGUGGCCCUCCUACCCACGCUGGGGGCGCCGAUGGAGACGGAGAUCGUGACUCCCAUCCGCCUGGACCCGGACCUCAAUGGGCGGCAGUAUUUCCAGCGGGGGGCCGAGGAGUCCCCGCAGCAAGGGGCCAUCUUCCAAAUCACCGCCUUCCAGGAGGACUUCUACUUGAACCUGACGCCGGACGCCCAGUUCCUGGCGCCGGCCUUCGCCACGCAGUACCUGGGCGCCCCCCGGCGGGCAGAGCAAGAGGACCUGCGCCGCUGCUUCUACUCCGGCGACGUCAACUCGGAUCGGGACUCCUUCGCCGCCCUGAGCCUCUGCGGGGGGCUGACCGGCGCGUUCGGCUACCGCGGCUCCGAGUACCUCAUCAGCCCCUUCCGCCCCGAGAGCCGCGCCAAGCGCUUCGUCUCCAUCCCCAGGUACGUGGAGACGCUGGUGGUGGCCGACGAGUCCAUGGUCAAGUUCCACGGCGAUGACCUCCAGCACUACCUGCUCACCCUGAUGGCCACGGCCGCCCGGCUGUACCGGCACCCCAGCAUCCAGAACCCCAUCAACCUCGCGGUGGUCAAGUUCCUGGUCAUCGGGCAGGACGACAAAGGGCCCAAAGUGACGGGCAACGCUGCGCUCACCUUGCGCAACUUCUGCGUCUGGCAGAAGAAGUGGAACAAGGGCAGCGACAAGCACCCGGAGUACUGGGACACGGCCAUCCUCUUCACCAAACAGGAUUUGUGUGGUGCUACCACCUGUGACACCUUGGGAAUGGCGGAUGUCGGUACCAUGUGUGAUCCCAAACGCAGCUGCUCAGUCAUUGAGGACGAUGGCCUUCCCUCUGCUUUUACUACAGCUCAUGAGCUAGGACAUGUGUUCAACAUGCCCCAUGACAACGUGAAGGCUUGUGAAGAAGUCUUUGGUAAACUGAAGACCAACCAUAUGAUGUCCCCCACUCUCAUCCAAAUUGACCGUAUCAACCCAUGGUCACCUUGUAGCACUGCCAUCAUCACCGAUUUCCUGGACAGCGGACAUGGUGAUUGCCUCUUGGACCAACCCACCAAGCCAAUCCAUUUGCCUCAAGAUCUUCCCGGCUCCAGCUACAACCUCAACCAGCAGUGUGAGCUGGCCUUUGGCAUUGGCUCCAAGCCUUGCCCGUACAUGCAAUACUGCACCAAGCUGUGGUGCACGGGAAAGGCCCGCGGCCACAUCAUGUGCCAGACACGUCACUUCCCUUGGGCUGAUGGCACCAGCUGUGGAGAAGGGAGGUUCUGCUUGAAGGGUGCCUGUGUGGAGAGGCAUAACAUCAGUAAGUACCGGGUGGAUGGCAGCUGGGGGAAGUGGGCACCUUAUGGACAAUGCUCUAGGACGUGUGGCGGAGGAGUCCAGCUGGCUAAACGUCAAUGCAACAAUCCCCCUCCAGCCAAUGAAGGAAAGUACUGUGAAGGGGUUCGAGUGAAAUAUCGUUCCUGUGGUUUGGAUCCCUGCUUUGAUUCAGUUCCAGGGAAAAGUUUUCGGGAAGAACAAUGUGAAGCUUUCAAUGGCUAUAACCAUAGCACAAAUCGACUGACCGCCAUUGUUUCCUGGGUCCCCAAAUAUUCUGGAGUGUCUCCCCGGGAUAAAUGUAAGCUCAUCUGUCGUGCCAAUGGAACUGGCUAUUUUUAUGUCCUAGCCCCGAAGGUGGUGGAUGGUACACCAUGUUCUCCAGACUCUAGCUCGCUAUGUGUCCAGGGAAAAUGUAUCAAAGCUGGAUGUGAUGGGAAACUUGGUUCCAAAAAGAAAUUUGACAAGUGUGGAGUGUGCGGAGGAGACAACAAAAGCUGCAAGAAAGUUUCAGGCUUGUUCACCAAACCCAUGCAUGGCUACAACUUUGUGGUGCUCCUCCCAGUUGGUGCUUCCAGCAUUGACAUCCGUCAGAGAGGCUACAAGGGUCUGAUCAGUGAUGAUAAUUACCUGGCCCUGAAGAAUGGGCAUGGCAAAUAUCUUUUGAAUGGGCAUUUCAUUGUCUCCGCGGUGGAAAGGGACUUAAUAGUCAAGGGCAGUGUGAUGCGUUAUAGUGGAACAGGUACAGCUGUGGAAAGCCUCCAAGCCUUUAUGCCCAUCCAGGAGCCUCUGACAGUGGAAGUGCUAUCGGUUGGGAAGAUGACGCCACCUCGAGUACGCUACUCCUUCUACUUGCCCAAAGAAAGCAAAGAGGAUAAGUCUUCCUACCGUAAAGAUGGGAAGCGUCCUCCAGUCCUCAACAACAGUAUUCUCAGCCUGUCCAACCGCCUGGAACUGGGUCAGCCGGAUUACAAACGCCCCUCUUACAAAUGGGCCACCACCAGCUGGGAAGACUGUUCAGUCACUUGUGGCAAUGGUCUGCAGAAGCGCAUGGUGCUGUGUCGUGACACCCUUGGCCAGCUGGCCUCCUCUUGUGAUGCCACUCAGAGGCCUGUUGACAUCAGGAUAUGUGGAGACCCUUGCCCAACAUGGGAGGCGUCUCCCUGGUCAUCAUGCUCCAAAACUUGUGGCAGGGGGUUUAAAAGGCGCAUACUGAGAUGCACAGGGCGAGGUGGCAUCCUGCUACCCCGUGAACGCUGCAACCUCAGGAAGAAGCCACAGGAGUUGGACUUUUGCACCCUGAGACAUUGCUGACUGGGCUGUCCCCACAUCUGACCGAAGCGUAAUGUGCAACUUUCUGACCCUCUGUGAUCAAGUGGCUGAAAGUGUAAAAAUAGCCUCUGGGGGGAGGGAAAGGGAACCAUCUGAGUAGAAGGGGUCUGGUACAUAGUGCAUUUUGACCAAGAAAAACAUUCUUUUAGAGGAAGAGGGAGAGGAAGAGUGCCAAUACGAAGGGAGCUUGAUAGAGGUUUUGACCAUCCAGUCACUUAAUAGUAAAGCAGAAGUAAACAACUACCUCGAAGUUGCCCAAACCUCCUAAAUGUUAUCACGAUUCAGCCAUGCAUUCUGUGGCCCUGAAGGAGAAGGCAAGGCCAGAACUGAAAGACAGCACUGUCUGAGAUGGACCAAAGAUAAGGAAGGUGGUUCCUUAAACGCAUGGCUUCAAUCCCUGCUAAAAUAAAAAGGGGCUAAAAAAUAAAAGGGGCUCUUAGGACCACUCCCCCCCCCCCCCACUCCCUAGGGUUAUAGCGGACCACAAGAAAGUACCACUGAAUCUGGAACCAAAAUAUUGUAAGACGUCCAUGUGUGUAACAUGGUACCCACAAGAAAGUGAUAUCCCAGCUGUGAUGGAAGUGCGGGUAUCUGGACACACUUGUUUUUUCUUUUUGGUUUUUUUGUUUGUCUUGGUGUUCAUGCUUCUAUGCGGGGCUAACAGCCAGUCACUGAUUGGUAGCUAUCGAUCAUUCCAGUUAACACGAGCAAUGCAAAUUUUAACGGUGCUUGACCACUUUGCCUAUUUCUCAUGGUCCUUUCCAAGAGACCGUGCCACGUUGUGUAAGGUGGAGCUGCCUCUUAGUUUCCUAUCCCCUAAUGAAUAGGAGCUCACCUUUUUUCCUUUCCUUCCUGCCUUUGUUAUUUAAACCCACAUGUCUUCCAGUGUUACUGUUUCACGUUAGCCCUUUCCAAUCCAUAAUACGUCUGCAAAAUACCUAUGAACACCUGAGUUUUUGUUCAUUUGCAGUGUUUUGGAUUUAUGCCAGGCUAGCUUUGGUCUGUGUAUGAAAAGUGGAAGGGUGGAGCAGUAUUUGGUGCAUAUCUUCCUACAAGAUGGACUAGAUGGGAAUGCAGUGAUAAAGUUCAUCCUAAGGCAGGGCAGGGCAGGGCAGGGCAGGACAAGUGAUAUGUGAAGUGAAACGCAGUCCAGAGUCAGGAUUCUCAAUUUUGUAAGGGUUGUUGCUCUACAUCCAGUGCUGUCUGUUUUGGGGACAGUAGACAACAUUCUUAGGCAGCUGCUGGAGUCUCUUACAGCAAUCAUUACAAUAGCCCUUGGCUCUCUAAAAACACACGAAUAGGCAAACCACAUACCAUUCCUGUUUUUUGCAGGUGAACACAACAUUUGCUGUCGACAGUGCUCUGGAAGACCAUCCUGUUUCCAUAGCAUUGUGUGAAAGAGAAUAGAGAUGUCCAUGUUUCUGUGCCAAUGGUCAUUCUUUUAUAGGUGCUCUCCAUGCCUUCCAAGAGGGUUUAAAUUCUGGGGUAAAAUGCAUGGGAGAAGAAGGAAUGAAAAUGGCUUCUGCUUUGGGCUGCAGAUGCCCCCAUGAAACCUUAAGGAGAAAUCCACAAUAAUGGAAUAUCAGGUAGCACUAACAAGACCUAGGCUGAGAGAACUUUGGGGAGACAGGCUCAAUAGCCAGGGAGGUUUCAUUUCACCAGUUAAUCAAAGCAGAUCCUUCAUUAUCCUAUUGUAUAUAAAGAGAGAGCAAACCCCACUCCCUUCUAGCACUGAAGAUGUUACCUGGCCAGGUAACGAAACAUCUGCAAGAAAACAAGCUCAGAGAACCCCAAGGACUCCACAGAUCCUUCAUUCCUUAAUGUUUUGAUCCUGGAUUUAUUUAAACUGAAGCCUAAGUCUUGGUGGCUACCAACCAUCAUUGUCUUGUUUCUCCACGAGGGUUUGUGGAGGGUUUGAUAUCUGUUGACUAUAUAAUGGUAGCGAUCCAUGUGCUUAAUAUCCCCCCCAAAAUGCACACUUUGAAGUCUGGGGUAGAAAUAAAAGCCAAAGGCUUCUCUAGUCCCCAGAGCUCCACCUUGGUGAGUGACAAUUUAUCCUAGAGCUUCUAGGUCUUUAUAUUCAAUGCUCCUCCUCCAAAUUUUCCAUACCUUCUCCAGAAAUAAGUAUUGCUGGUGGCUUGGCUUGUUCUCAGCUGCAUGUAGCAAAUAGAGGAACUCUGGUUUUCAAAAUGGUGCUUCUGUUAUGAGUUUUUUUGUUCUGUUUUAGAAUAGGAUCUUUAUUUACAAAAGGUAGGAUCAUCCCCCUCUCUUCUUCAAGAUUGUUUACAAGCUUUUUUUUAAAAAAGUGUAUUAUAUACACAAAGCCAUGAACAAAGAGAACUGGGGCUUAUAUUCUACUAGGCCAUAUCCAAGCCUGUUGAAAUGGCUCCAUAAAAACCAAUAGAUUUUUAGCAGAUCAGAAUUAGGCCUUUUGUGGGAGGGCUUCUCCCUACCUUGAGAUGGAAGGAAGAAGAAUUGCAAAGACAUCAGAUUCAUUGGCAACAGUGUAGUGCGUGUAGAAUGGAAAAUUACUGGGCGGACAGAAUGGUUUUCAUUGACCUCCUCCUCUAGCGGUACUGUAAUUUCAAGGUGCUUGACUGCUGUUAUUAUAUUUCUAGACCUUUGUGUAGUAUUAUAGAUAAUAACAUUCUGAAGGGUUCUAAAAUUAAUCUGAGUCCAAACCAGAAAUUUCUCAUGCUUCCUAUAUAAAUUUUUAUGCUUUAAUAUUCAUAUUGGAAAUAUCAAACCUGAUACAUUUAAGAAGUACACAUUUUCUUUGAAUUUUUAUCAAUUUAUUUAUCAAUUUCUGAUGGAAUUCAGCCACUUUUUAAAAGUUAACUAUCUGAUUUCAAACUCUCAAAAAAGUGCUAUGGCAUGCACUAGAGCAGGACUGCUAACAAUGAAGACUUGAGUUCUUCACUACAUAACAUUUCCAAAGUUUUUCUUCCAGUUUCUUGUGACAGCUAUCCUAGAAUAAAAAUAAUAUAUAUUUUUGGUAUGGAUAUGCCCUUGAGGAUGUUAAUAAUUCCAGUGUGUCUCUAGAGAUGAGCAAAUUCCAGAAAGUAGUAUUUUUCCACUGUAAAAUUGUGAAUGUUGCUAAAGAGGAGAGUUAGGUUGUGUAAUAGGUUGGCUUUAGAACUAGCUCCAGAGCUUUUUUGAUUUAGAUAUUACUUGUCAUAUUUUCAGCUGGUCUUGGUCACCAUUACUUGGUUUUCAUUGACUCAUUGGGAAUAAUCAAUCAUGGUCUGUGUCUGUGUGUCAUGCUGGUUAUGACACACUUCCAAGUUCAAAGGCAGAAUAAGUCACGGAAUAUUUAUGGAAAAAUGGGAUGUUGAACUAGUUGGCUGGUGGACCUGUUCCAGCAUGGCUCUUCGUAUGCUCUGUGCUUCAGAUGCAAAAGAAAAAUGUCAAAGAUUCUAAGGCCUAAAAGCAACAAAUCUUCCAGAUAGAUGUUCUGGCUCCAGCCAACUCAUAGAAAUUCACACUUCCUCUUAUUGUCAGUUUGGUUUCUGGUUAUGAUUAUACCAGAAGCUUCUGUCCAUUUUUAUUUUUAUUAUUCUGCCAUUGCUUUCUCUAAACAAUUCUGGAGUCUGUAGGGUAAAAGACAUUAUGAAAUCCAUAGCUUCUAUUAUUUAGAGAAAGAGAUGACUAAAUCCAUUUAAUUCUAUGGUGUACAAUAUCUAUGUCCCUAUGGAAAGCAAAUGAAAGACAGUGGAAGAUGACUGUCUUCCUCCUAUAGAUAUGGUGUGUGUAUGCGUGGUUGUAUGUAUGUGAACUCUUUAAGAAUCCCAGGAAUUGCAGUUUGGCAAGGAUGUUGAGAAUUGUCAGUAAGAAGUUACUAUUCUCUCCUUGACACAAACAGCUGUGUUUUCCAAGUUUCCUUUGGGAGAAAAAACAGCUGUUCAACUAAUUUAGGUUUGUAGCUAUGUCCACCAAGCUCAACUGUUUUGUCUUUUCUAGACCCAAAAGCUUUGCAGAUGUGUGUAUAUUUUGGGGUUCAAAUACCAAAUGAUUUAUGCACACACAUACCUUGCCUAAUACACACCUGAAUCUUUAUGUAAUUAUUGUUCAUAGAGGGAUAUCUUUCCUUUCCUUAGACUGAUAAAUGUGUCAGAGUCAAAGAUUUUAUGCCUUUAUUACUCAUCUACCAAAAGCAUAGGUAUCUAUGUUUACUGGCUAAGAUGAGUUGUGAUUACAUUCCAAAGAAUUCUGAAAGUUGGAAUUUGAUGCUGAAGAGAUUUAGACUUGCUGAAAGAGUUUCAAGAUAUCCUGAAUAUAAAAAUAGGAGGGAAUAUCCGACAAUAAAUCUGAGAACGAAUCUUAUUUGAUGUUUUUUAAAGAUUUUCUCCUACCCACUUAUUCAUGGAUUGGUCUAUCGUGUUUCUCUGAGGCUUGCCUUAAACUUUUCACUUCCAUAACAGUUGAGUCUUGUAAACUAUACAGCACUGAAGUCCUUUUUUGGUUGUGGUGAUAUUGGGGAGAGAAGGGCUUUUAAUUGUAUGUGGGUUUUUAAUAGUUCUUUUGCAAAAUAUACAGCAAAAGGAUGGAAAUGCCUAUGGUACUGGGUGCUUGGUGUAUACCAUGUAUACUAUAUGUCAAUUUCUGCUAUUCGUGUGUCAGUGGCAAACCUGAAAUAAAA